CUCAGAAUUUUGCCACAGUUUUAGGUAGCUAUGGUGAUAAAGUUGAUAGGGACUACGACAGAGAAGACGAAACGUGACUGAAUUUUCCAUCUUGCAUGACAUUGCAGAUGAUUUUACAGAUGACGGAAUCGUCCCAGAACCGAUCUUUGAUGAGUGAAUGACGAAGUUAGAGAUCCUGUAAUGAAGUUUCAUCUUGCUGUAAGAGCAGGAAGAAAACGUCUCUCAGGGAUUGUGCAGAAAUGACUGAAGCCUGAAGUCUCUCUGAGCGCGACAUCAGCCAGGAUGGAGACUGCGAAUGCGUCUUCCAUCGUUAACAUGACUGGUGACAGACACACCGGCCUCUUUGCAAAGAGCCCAUACAGUGUAGUGGAGAUAGUGUUCAUCCUGGUGGGAGCUUUACUUCUUAGUAUUAUCACUACCACCGGGAACCUCCUGAUCAUGCUCUCCAUAAAGGUAAACAAGAACCUGAAGACCGUCGGCAACUACUUCCUGUUCAGUUUGGCCUGUACAGACCUCUUUACCGGGGUCUGCUCCAUAAACGUUUAUGCCACUUACCUUGCAAUUGGUUACUGGCCUCUGGGAAAGUUGGCGUGUGACCUUUGGUUGACUGCUGAUUAUGCUGUCGGCCACGCCUCAAUCCUGAACCUGCUCCUCAUAAGCUUUGACCGGUACUUCUGUAUAACCAAACCCAUGACCUACCCAGCACAUCGCAGCCCAAAGAUGGCCAAGAUGUUGAUCUCUGCGGCCUGGAUCCUGUCCUUCGUUCUCUGGACUCCCUUAAUCUUGUUCUGGGACUAUGUAGGACCGAGAUCUGUGCCCUCUACUCUAUGCUACUGCGAGUUCAUCUUCAACCCAUGGGCGACGUUCGCGACUUCCAUCUUAUUUUUCUACCUGCCGUUGUGCAUCAUGGCCUACCUGUACUGGCGGAUCGUGAAGACCAGCUAUGAUAGCUCGAGGAGGAACAGCAGGAGACCAUCAGGUGGAAGUUUUUCAGAUAUUGUCUCCAUCCCAGAGGAAGGGAUCACAACCAAACAAGAGGAGGAGGAUGGAGAUGUGAAGGAGAAGGAAAUGUUGCAGCAGCGCAGUGUAGUUUUCAAAGAAUUGCAGGCAGACCAGAUGGACUCUGAAUCAAAGACUGUCAGUGCUUCGACUUCCAGAAGACCUAGCAUAUUAAGGAAGAGUUCAGCUGUUUCUUAUCGUAAUGUGAGCAUACAAAUUCUGGAUAAGUGGAGAAGGAGGUACAGUACUACCAGGGAGAAAAAAGUGACCCGCACCAUCAUGGCCGUCAUGAUUGCUUUUAUCGUCACAUGGACGCCUUACAACGUGGUGGUCCUUGUCUUCACACUCUGCAACGCCUGCGUCCCAGAUACACUGUGGGGCGCAACGUACUGGCUCUGCUACUUCAACAGCACCGUCAACCCCGCCUGCUACGCCCUCUGCAACGACACCUUCAAGAUCACCUUCAAGCACCUGCUCCUCUGCCAGUACAAGAACAUUCGGGGACAAUGGUUGCCCGCCUAGAACUGAGCUGAAACUCACAGACUCCUUUAAUGAAAAUAAAGGCGAAAGCUGAAACAGCCAAAAAUGG